AUGGACCUAAACUCGAUGGAGGGUGUUGUAGUUGACGUCGAAUCAAUUUAUUAUCCACUCAACAAAGGCGUAACUAUAUAUUACAAUAAUAUCGUUGUUUUAAAAUUGAAAAAAAGUUUGGAACUCGAAUCGAACCCACAAUUAAGCAAACUCAAUUUGCCACUGGAAAAUCGCGAGUACGUGGGUUCCGCAAUAAUCUCUGGGUACGGAGCUUGUCAACGCGGUGCCGCAGCCAUUCGAAAUUGUACAUCACUAAGAUACGCCAAUGUGACGCAUCCCAUUAUUCCAUGCACCCCAAAUUACAGUCUGUUUUCGGUGACCCACGAACGAGUAUUUUGCGGAAAAAUGAUGCCAAAUAAUUACACCGACCGCGGAACUUGCACAGGUGACGAAGGUGGCGCCUUGGUGAUGGGGGACACAGUUGUCGGAGUGUUGAGUCUCAAAUCAGGCAGAUGCGACGAAGUAAAGUCCCAUUCGAUCUACACAAAAGUGUCGUCGUACUUGAAUUUCAUUAAAAAUGCUAUGAAAGACAAUGUUCUUAGCACCAUGGGUGUGGAGUCGGAGUUUUAUUUUUAG